UAACUGCUACUAUCCUACUACAGCUGUCUGUUACCAUGGGAAUAACUCAAAGUAAACAAGAUGGAAGACGACAGCGGCGUCUUUUCGGGAGAAACCGUGGAAGAGUUUCGCACUUAUGAGGACUUCUUAGAUUCUCAGAUAAAACCUCUGGAUUUAUUUUACCUUGAGGAUCAGGAACUGGCCCGCCAGCUGGUGGAGCUGGGCCACAAGGGUAGCAGUUUGGAGAGGGAGGAAUUUGAGACAAGGAAAGCAGCUGCCGAGGCCUCCAGGCUUGCUUCAGGGAGCCAACAGAAGAAGCUGGCAAGUACAGGAAAGGAACUCAAAGAUAACUUCCUGAGAGCCCUGGCGGAGCGGGAGGAGGCUAACCGCAAUGGGGCAAUGACUUCCAUCAUUUUCAUAAGGGACCGAAAUUCUCACGGACAGGAAAUAUCUGGGUAUAUAGACUACUCCCACCGACUAAAAUCUGAAGACUUUGAACCAUAUUUCAGUGGAAAGAAAAGGCUCAUGCCAAAACCAACUGACUUAAGAUGUUGUGUUCUUCCCGUACAGAUGCAUGAAUCCACACUACAGCUGACAGACUUUGACUGCCUCACCACAAAAAUAAAAAGUACAAAAGUCAUGGCAACCAGCUUCUACAACUGGGGAACACAGGUGGCCAAACAUAAUGCCAGCUCAAACUAUGAGGUAAUCACAGAGAAUCCAAGUGGCCUGCUCUUCAAGUGCAAGAACGACAGGAAAAUCUUGAAUGUUGACCCAGAGGCAACACCUGGCGAUAGCUCCAUCCGAACUCCUGUCCAAUGUGACCUAUAUGUGCAUGUUGUCAUUUAUGACCACGUCACCAGAAAACCUGCAAACAGUUCCUGUGCACCGCUCUCCAAUUAAAUGUAUUAAAAAGCACUUGGAGCCUCUAAUUUCAUCUACAUUAAAGCAGUUUUAAUCUUAUAUAUUUCUGACUUCAUAUUGUGCACAACAUCUGGAUGCGUAGAAUGGCAUAACAGUGCAUUGUGAUAUUUUAAGGCCUAUAGUCAUUUAACAGUGUCUGAAUAAAAAAUACUGAUUUCCUUUAA